GUUUUAUCAAAACAGUUCAGCUUUUUAAAACGCGCCUGGCAGACCUCCCCGGUGCGUUCCGUUUCAUCGCAAAAACGCGUCGCGUCGCGUGUGUAUCGCACGCGUCCUCCGCUGCUGUGACGUCACCCUCUAAACACCGAGCGCAGGUAGCUGGCGUGUAAACAAUAACAGAGGCGAGGAGAGCGUGGAGGACUCCCGGAGAGCUCAGGACCAAACAGAUGCUGCAUCUCACUGCACUGGCCACAGCCAAACCCGGAGAUUGUCGCAGCGCAUUUUACAGGAAUGUCAUGUCUUAUGGCAGCCUUUUCAGUCAACAAUACUGCAGUGACCAACUCCAUCAUAAUGAAUACAAAUGGACCUCCCGAUCUCAUGCUAGACCCCAGAACCGUGUGCGUGUCCAUUGAUGAACUGAUGUCCAGUCACGUCGGCAGUCAGCAGAUGCCGCUGUUACAGGGACACCUAAAGAAAGUAGAGAACAAUCUGACCGAGGCCCAGCGCUUUUCUUAUCUCCCCCGCAGACCCGCAGUCAACAUCGAAUUCAAAGAUCUGUCGUACUCAGUUCCUGAAGGACCGUGGUGGAGAAAAAAAGGUUACAAGACCCUUCUGAAAGGGAUCUCUGGGAACUUCACCAGCGGUGCUUUGGUGGCCAUCAUGGGACCCUCAGGGGCUGGGAAGUCUACAUUAAUGAACAUUCUCGCAGGUUAUAGGGAAACAGGCAUGAAGGGGGAGAUCCUGAUUAACGGGCAGCCCAGAGAUCUGCGAUCUUUCAGGAAAGUGUCCUGCUACAUCAUGCAGGAUGACAUGUUACUGCCACACCUCACCGUACAGGAAGCUAUGAUGGUAUCAGCUAAUCUCAAACUCCAGGAAAAGGAUGAAGGCAGACGUGAAAUGGUUCGUGAAAUCCUGACCGCUCUCGGUUUGUUAGAAUGUGCCAAAACACGCACAUCCAACCUCUCUGGGGGUCAGAGGAAGCGUUUGGCCAUCGCUCUGGAGCUUGUCAACAACCCACCUGUCAUGUUCUUUGAUGAGCCAACAAGUGGACUGGACAGUUCAUCCUGCUUCCAGGUGGUGUCUCUGAUGAAGGCUCUUGCUCAGGGUGGUCGAACUGUCAUAUGCACAAUUCACCAGCCCAGCGCUAAAGUGUUUGAACUCUUUGAUAAGCUUUAUGUCCUCAGUCAAGGCCAGUGUAUUUACAGAGGAAGAGUAUUGAGCUUAAUCCCUUAUCUCAGAGAACUGGGACUCAACUGCCCCACCUAUCACAACCCUGCAGACUUCAUAAUGGAGGUGGCCUCUGGUGAAUACGGUGACCAGACGGCUUGGCUGGUGAAGGCCGUUCAAGAGUGCAAGUGUGAGAAAGACUACAGAAGUGAAAUGAAUGGUAACGGGGUCCAUAAUCCCUUCCUGUGGCACAGACAUUCCGAUGAGGACUCUUCAUCCUCAGAGGGUUGCCAUAGUUUUUCUGCCAGCUGCCUGACGCAGUUUUGCAUCCUUUUCAAGAGAACUUUUCUCAGCAUCAUGAGAGAUUCGGUGUUGACUCAUUUGCGCAUCAUGUCUCAUCUUGGGAUUGGAAUUCUGAUCGGUCUUUUAUACCUGGGCAUUGGCAACGAGGCCAAGAAGGUCCUUAGCAAUUCCGGGUUCCUGUUCUUCUCAAUGUUGUUCCUCAUGUUCGCAGCUUUGAUGCCCACCGUCCUCACAUUUCCUCUUGAGAUGGGCGUCUUUCUGAGAGAACAUCUAAAUUACUGGUACAGCCUAAAGGCAUACUACUUGGCCAAAACAAUGGCGGAUGUCCCGUUUCAGAUUGUGUUCCCAGUGGCCUACUGCAGUAUAGUGUACUGGAUGACAUCUCAGCCUUCAGAUGCAGUUCGUUUCAUACUUUUCCUGGCUUUGGGGACACUCACGUCACUGGUUGCACAGUCACUUGGACUGUUGAUAGGAGCAGCAUCCACGUCAUUACAAGUAGCAACUUUUAUCGGUCCUGUGACAGCCAUCCCUGUGCUGCUGUUUUCAGGCUUCUUUGUCAGUUUUGACACCAUUCCAAAAUACCUCCAAUGGAUAUCAUACAUUUCCUAUGUCAGAUAUGGUUUUGAAGGAGUCAUUCUGUCCAUCUACGGGCUUGACCGUGAAGACCUGCACUGCGACAAAGAUGAGACGUGCCACUUCCAGAAAUCCGAAGCCAUUUUGAAGGAGCUGGAUGUUGAGGAUGCAAAGCUCUACCUGGACUUCAUUAUACUGGGCAUCUUCUUUGUGUCGCUCCGUCUGAUCGCCUACUUAGUCCUGCGAUAUAAGAUCAGUGCUGAGAGGUAGACUUGUGGAAGACCUGAUGGACUGUUGAGACUUUCCUGCUCAGGGAGGGCUAGGCUGAGGAAGCCAAAGCAGAGAGGGUUUGUUCCCUCCAAACUGACCAUCGCCAUGUUUUCCCACACUGGACAGAAACCUGGGCUCAACUUGAAGUCACAGUAUGUAGAUGCCCAGCUUUUGCGUGCUUUUAUAAGAAAACAAAGCGCUUAGAACGCAACAGUUUUGGGGCUCAACCAAACGUCUGUACGGAUAGAGAGAGAGACAUGGCCGCGCUUAAGAAAACGUUCUGAUUUUGACUGAAAAAGUAAUAUGCUGUAUUGCGUGAUCAUAUUGGAAAGCUCGAAUCUGGCCCUUGUGAAAACGUAGUGUGUUUAAUUGUAUUAAAUGUGCACUUUUAGUGUGCUUCAAAUCUUAAAAAGUACUUGCAGAUAAUAUAAUAUUAAUUAAAUAAAAUACCACUUAAGAGAUUAGACUGUCAUGAGUGUUUCUUAAUACAUUUAAGUACACUUUUAAAAAGUGCACUUUGUAAUAAUGUCAAAUUAAAAGUCUUAGUUUAAUAUAAAGUACUUGAUUAUAAUUUAAACUGUAGUGUGUUAUUUGAUAUUACAUUUCAAACAUGAAUAUACAAAUAUAUUUAAAUACAUGACAUGCAAGUUUUAAUCGAAACCACAUUGAAGUAUAUUUUGUUUUACCAUAAAUGCUUUUGGGUACAUUCAGCAUUAAACUUUAACCAUAUUUCACUGACAAUAGAAGUAAUUACAUAUAAUGGUGUACUUAAGUGGGUCAAGAAAGCUCUAAAUUAUCGGGCUGAUUACAUUUAAUAUAAAUGUACACAAAUGCCUUUUCAUUUAAUUGCAGUUAAAAUGUGAUUAAGUGUGCAAAAACAGUACAAUUGGUUUACAAGUAUAUUCUUUUAAAUUAAAUUAUUUCUUCAAUAAGUACUAUUUUUAAAAAGUAUGCUAAAGUGUGCUUCUUUUUCACAAGGGUGCCCAGGUUGAGCACAUAGAUGUAGAUUGUUUUUGUUCCUAUUUAUGGUCUGAUGUAAAGGACAAUAAUUAAUUGCUGGUCUACCUGACAUUCCUUCUACAUUACUGAAAAGCUCUUAUUCUGUCGGUAAUGGCUGCUUCUCUUGUAGUGGAAUGAUAACUAAAAAACGGGUUUCAAGCCCAUCAGAGGAACAAAUAAAGCCGUAGUAUGCACAUACUGUGAUAAUUAAUAUAACACUCUGAAAGAGAGCUAAAAGCCCAAGAUGACUUGAUCACAUUAGAAUGAAAAAGGAAAAAUGCAUCAAAUCCUAACUGUGUGUAAUUUUUGUGCCACUGGUGUCACCAAACACAACUGCAAACAUAAUGACAGUUUUGAAAAAGGUUUCUUGAACCCCUUCUGUCAUCGGUUGAGCAAACAGAUAGUCUCGUCUCCAUUACAGGUGCUGUAAAAAGUAACUGGCUUGCUGGGUAAUGUGGCAUGUGGUGACAUUUAAUUCAUGCUGACAUUUUGGGUGUGUACUUAAAAAAAAAAUAAAGAUCUGGGAAUUUAUUUUAGGAUUAAAAAGCACAUGCUUCAGCUUUAAAGCUCAAUACAGCAUGUUUGGAAAAUUGGUCAAUAGAGUUGAAUGACUUUUGCCUGUGUUUAUGAGGCCACAUUAUGCACAGUACAUCUGAUAAACCAUGUUCAUAUGCAAAUAAGAAUUUUGCCAGCUUUUGCAAAAUGCAUGGCUUUUAUUUGUUGAAAUAAAAGAAGAAAGAUUGAAAUAUCGAUUAUUGAAUUUCAUCACUGUUAACAAACUCAACGUUGGCAAACCAUAAGAUUUUCUUCCUGCAUUCAGAAAUGUCUUUUUGUUUUAAAAUUUCACGUUUACUCUUCUAAAUGCCUUUGAUUUUCCUGAAUUAUUGAUUCAAAGGUCAUGCAAGUAAUCAUAGAGGAUCUCAAACACCUCCAUGUGGCAUUUAUCAACCAAACAUUUUUUUAUUCACAUUAUAGGGUCAUUGAUUAAUGCUUUAUUCUUUGUUGACAGCUAUGCACGGAUUUAAUGCUUUCUGGUUAUGGGACAAUCAAAAAAUAACAAUGCAAAAGUGAAAAUGGAGACAAAAAUGAAGAAGAAUGUUAUUUAUUAUCUGUGUUCUUUGUAUUAAUGUCCACAUUGCAUAUGUUUGGUGACCUUUGAGCUGUAGGUCCCCAGAGCAUUAUUCACUAAACAUUGCAGGCACAAUGUGAAUGCUGAGCUUUAAUUCAAGUGUUAUGUCCAUUAUAAUCAUACCAAACCUUUGCUGUGGACCUUGAUGUGGAAAUCGAUGCACUCUUGCUAGAUAUAUUACCUCUGUUCUUUUGGUAUUUCUGCAUAGAAUGUAGAGCAUAUUUUUUUGUCAGUUUUUAAAUAUAUGUUAAUUGUAUAUUGUUUUUAUUAUUUAGUUUGCUUCUUUGAAUCUUGUACUUACAAUAUGAAAUUUAGAAUUAAAAUGAAAGAGUUUGCUGUAGACAUUCAAUGUUUUAAAAGUUUCAUAUGCCACAUCUGAAAUGGUCUUCUACGAUAUGUUUCUGCUACACAAAUUGUUACAUUUUAGAUAUAAUAAUAAAGAUUAAUUGUUUUC